GUCCCAGCCAUGCCGGAUCGCUAUUUUUAGCUGUCCUACACUACAUAGGAACCUAACAUAAACCUAUAUCAAAAAAGGGAAAAGAAUCUUCGCAUACCUGGUUUUGUCCAAUGUUUGGUCUCAUUCGAUGCCACGCUACUCGGACUUUUUCCACCUAAGAUUGCAAUGUCUUUUAGCAGCCAGUGCUAUAACCUAUCACUGGACACUUUUAUUGGAAUAUACAACCUUCAAGCCACCCUGAUAGGCUAUGCCGACGUCCUGACGUUCCAGCCCUAGUACAGCGUGUAAGCACUAAUGACAUCACGCAGUAGCAGUGUAGCAUCUUGCAGGGCCACGAUCCUUUUGCCUGCCGUCGCAUUUAUGUGCGAGAUGAUGAUAAGCAAGAAACCAAAGGAUGGUUAAGUAAGCUUGCAUCCCGAUGUCUGGAGUUGUCAGGAACACACGCCUGCGUGUUUCCUUGCCGGUAAGAACUUUACUGGAAAUAAAUCGAAUCCAUCCAUCCAUCCGCCCAUCCACCCAUCCAUCCAUCUAUCUGGGUAUCUAUCCAUCUUUUCCACAUCUCUAACUACCUACCUACCUAUCGAAUCUAUCAUCGCGCCAUCUUGGCGUUGUAAAAAUAGGCCGGGUAGGGCUGAGAACUCACCUUAGGUCCCUUAUGUUUGUAUAAGUCGCCUCGAUAUGCCUUCCCUCUCGUCGCUAUUCGAACGCGCGUCACCCACGGGAACUUUCAAUGGAACGCCGCCCGCCCAUCUACCGGCUGAAAAUGGGGUGCAUAUAUGGCGCGCUGCGGUCAUCAUGCCGUUCAUCACCUUUGCAUUUGUUGCUCUGAGGUUUUAUACCCGGACUUAUUUGCUGAAGGCUAAGAAGUACACCAUUGACGACUAUAUCGUGGCGCUGAGCAUGCUUGUCUGCAUUACGCACGCGGUGCUCAUGGCUAUGGCGACGUACAACGGCAUGGGCCUGCACGUAUGGCAGUACAACGAGGAGCUCAACGCGCGGUAUUAUCUCUGGAUCGGGAUCACGUCCGAGUUCUACGUCUUGGGCUUGAUGGGCUUCAAGAGCGCGCUCAUCCUGCUGUACCUCCAGCUGUUCGGCGUGUACGCCAGGUUUAGGUGGGCGUGCUACAGCACCCUGUUCUUCUGCACGGGGUAUCUGCUCUGCAACCUCACGACCGAGUUCCUCGGCUGCCAACCCAUCAGGAAGAAGUGGGAGCCGAGUUUGCCGGGGCAUUGCAUUAAUAGCAUCGCGACGGCGACUUUUUACGGCGCUUGCAAUAUGGCGAGUGAUUUGGUCAUCGCUAUCUUGCCCCUUACCAUGAUAUGGAAGUUGCAGGUGGCGUCGAAGCUGCAGAAGGUCGGGCUGAGUCUUGUCCUGAGUAGCGGGCUUGCUGCUUGGGCAGUGGCUGUCGCUCGUUGGGGCAUCGCUACGUAUGACUUGAUCGGAACUAAAGACAGAUCGUGGUGGGCCGGCGUCAGCUUCACCUUGAGUAUACUCGAGAUCAACACGGGCCUCAUCUGCGCUUGCAUUGCCACCCUAGGGCCUCUCUGGAAACUGGCGUAUGCGCAAGUUAAGGACUGGACUGGCUGGUCCAGCCCCUGCAGCAGCAAGGAAAAAACUUGGCCGUCCUUCGUGCGGAAACCUCCCCACAGCCAGUCCUCCGAAGAAACUAGGAGGCCGAGCGGGGCUACAGUCGGCGUACACGGACUCCCUGCUGGUCGGGCGGGCGGUAUGGUAAUAUACAAUGAGUCGACGCUGACCUCUACUUACGAAGACGAGUAUGGUCUGCUGGACGCUUCGGGCUGGCAUCCCCAUGGUAUAAGAGAGGAUCGGUCUUAUAGGAGUAGGGAGGGUGUAUGAGAUAGACAUGUAUUGACGUGUUUGUGUGUUAUCACGUCUUUGUUUUAUUGUAGCUGGCGCAUAUUAUACCCCAAAGUAGCGAAUGAGAAACCUGAUUUAGCAUCGA